CGCAUAAUUAAUGAAAUACGGUUAGUAUAUAAGAGCAGUGAUGUUAAAGAUCGUCAAAACACUUGAAAAAGUGUUUGGUCGAAAUCAACGGAAUCAUGGCACGGAGCAUUUUCUUAACAGUCAUUUUGGCAUCUGCCAUCUUGGUAUAUGUACAGGCUACUCCUGUACCGGGCAACUACUCGAAACAGUUAGUUAUACCAAACGAAUUAUCCGACCCCGAAAUAGUUCAAUUCCAAAAUUCUUUAAAAGAAAUAUGGACGGACGUGAAGAAUACGUUAAAGAAAACAUGCAACGAAAUGGCCCAAGAUUGCUUAACAACCAAUACCUUAAAUACAUUGAUCGAUAGAAUCAAACUAUCGGUUGAGGAAAGUAUUGAAGGUAGUGAUGAAAAUCUACAUAAGAAUUCGGAAUCAUCUAAAAAUGAACUAGUGGAUAGUUGGGUUGACUACAAGAAAAAGCUUACUGAACAAUAUAAAGAGGAACAAAAUCCAAACAUGCAAGCUAUCAUUAAUGAAGUUGAAACUGCGAUAAAAAAAACAAAAAAAAUUAUGCAAAUCGCUGUUGACAGUGCCCGCGCGCGAGUAGAAAAUGCUGAAAAGAACAACGAUAAGGAAGUAGUACUAGAAUAUGACGACAAUGGUUUUACAAUUAAAGACAAGGCACAGCAAAGUUGGAAACAGUUUAAGGAAAACUGUAAACAAUUGUUUAACAAUCCUAGAGUAAAAAAUAUCGUGGAGAAAACUAAGAAGAUGAUCGAACGCGUCAAAGAUGUCAUAAAAAAUACUAUCGAGAGUGUUCAGAAAGAAAGCAAGAAGGUUUCCAAACCUGAGAAUUCUGAAGAAGAAGAAAAAGAUCGAGAGACUCCUACUUUUAAAGAAAAAACACAAGAAACUUGGAACGAUUUCAAGAAGAAGCUCGAGGAAAAAUACAAAGAAAUGUUCAACAAUUCUAAAAAUAAAAAUUCUAAUGAGAAAGAAGAGAAUUCUAUGAUUCUUAGUUUGGUAGAAGAAACAAAGAAAGUUUUGGAGGACUUGAAGAAACUUGAAAAAGAAAUGAAGGAAAUUUUGAACAAUUCCAAGCCUCAGAAUUCUGAAGAGCGAAAAGAAGAUUCGACAAGUUCUAAUGCUAAAACAAAAAAAGCAGUCGACGAAAUGAAAAAGAAAAUUGUUGCAAAAUUCAAUGAAAUUCUGAUCAAAUCUAAAAUAAAAGAAAUCCUCGAAAAGGCUAAGAGCAAUAUCAAGGAGAUAAUUGAAUCCAUUAAGAACAAUCUCGGCAAGCGUCCCAAGCAACCCAACGACUUUGAAAAUGAAAAAGAGUUGAAAGACGAAAAGGAUGAUUCUGAAUUUGAUGUUAUGAGAAAAAAUAUAAGAGAAGCUUGGAAUGAUUUCAAGAAAAAAGUCGACAAAAAAGUGAAGGAAAUUUUGGACUAUAUCAAAUCAAAAGAAACGAAGAAAAAAUUCGACAAGCGUUCGAAACCCGAGAAUUCUGAAACUCUAAAAAAACAUUCUGAAGAGAACUCUGGAUCAGAAGAAGAUUCGAAAGAGAACUCUGGAUCUGAAGAAGACUCGGAAAAGAACUCUAGGACUCCCGGUUUGAAAGACAAAGUACAAAAAACUUGGGAAAACUCAAAAAAGGAAUUUGAAAAAAAUCCAAGGAAGUUUUGAACAAUCCGAAAGUAAAGGAAGUUGUAGAAAAAUAUGAAAGGGCAUUCCGAUGAACUAAAGAUUACGUCCAUGAAAUCAUUGUUUCUGUUCGUAAUCGAAUUAAACAGAUUGAGAAAUAAUUUGUAAAUUAUGAUGGACAUGCAUAAAUAUGUACUUCGCAUGAUAAUAUCGUUCAAACGAUAUUAUCAUGUAAUAUGACCGACGCGAACAAUGGAUAUGUACUUAUUAUUAAAAAGAUAAAUAAUAAAGUUUAACUAUUGUUUUCAUCUAA